UCGCUCGCUGCUACGCCUUCGGCAUCUCCUCGGGAGCCGAAGGUCGGAUUUUCCGCUUUUGUGGUUUGAUGGACACCCGAUUAAAAAAAAGUAAAAUGUCAUACGGUUUGCUGCAGGUUUUGGGGACUUCGGUAAUGGAGUGAAACGGUUGUUUCUGCCGAGUAAGGGACGCGGCCGUACGGUCACGUUUGUUGCGGACUCGUUAUCAAACCUAGCUUAGCCGGCGGUUCCGUUUACCUGCUGGGGGUUAUCCAGGGCAGCAGCGGGGCCAAUGACAUUGUGUCUGUCGGUUCGUUGUCGUCGACCUGUCUAGCUAAAUGCUGUAGCCUUCCCCUGGACCGGGCCAGAAUCCUCUUGUAAUACAAAUAUAUCUGUAUAUAUAUAUUAGGACUUGCUCACCGGCUCCAUGGCAGCCCGCCGGUUGCCGAUGGGCGUGCGGACCGUCAGCGAGCUUCUCGAGAUCGCCGUUGUGGGCUCGCGGCGCUCCUGUUGCGAGCGCCUGCGACAAAACAUCAGACACUUGUCAUCAUGUGGUAUUCUGAUGACCAGAACGCCCAGAGUGUUUUGCCUUCAGGACUGUGACACUAUGACAGCAGUUCCCCAGAGCCGAAGCUUCAUCAGCCUCACAAACAAAAGGAAAGAAUACUCGGAGCGCAGGAUCCUUGGGUAUUCCAUGCAGGAGAUGUACGAUGUAGUGGCAAAUGUGGAUGACUACAAGCACUUUGUGCCCUGGUGUAAGAAGUCCCAGACUGUCACAAAAAGAGCGGGCCACUCCAAAGCUCAGCUGGAAGUGGGGUUCCCACCAGUGUUGGAGAGAUACACGUCUAUGAUCACUAGUGUCCGACCCCAUCUAGUCAAAGCUGUGUGUACAGACGGAAAGCUUUUCAAUCACCUGGAAACGAUAUGGCGCUUCAGUCCUGGCAUUCCUGGCUACCCUCGCACCUGCACUGUAGACUUUUCUAUCUCUUUUGAGUUCCGUUCAUUGCUGCACUCUCAGCUGGCCACUGUGUUCUUCGAUGAGGUCGUAAAGCAGAAUGUUGCUGCCUUUGAGCGUCGAGCCAGUAAGCUGUAUGGUCCAGAGACUCGUAUCCCACGGGAGCUGAUGUUUCAUGAAAUACACCAAACGUGAGGCUGGCAAUCACAUGUCCCCUAGCCUUAACUCCUUGCCAGCCUUUGCCCCCUUGCACACAAGAACCCGCAUGAUGCCACAUCAAUCAACCAGUCCGUCAAGUCUUCACCGCUACCACCGAGACACCACAAUGCUAUGACACAUGAAGAUGUGGGACUGCUCCGCCCUUGUAAGCAUUUUGUUGGGAUAAUCAUGAUUAUGCCCCAUUCCUACUUUUAUCCGAUACUUACUUUUAACCAUUACACGAUGCUAGUAAUUUGUUGGUAGCACCCAUAUAUUUAACAUAUACAUAAAGAUUUAAUCUACAUCCACUCAGGGGAUUCUCUUUGGCAGAGGAACCAUGCAUUGCUGCUUGUGUGACUACAUUUACAAGCUUUGUUUUUGUAUACAACAGUAAAUCAAUGCAACAUAACAAUACCAAUGGCAGCAAGUGAACUGUUUUUAACAACGAAUGGGUAGGACAGCAGUAGUAAAAAAAGCAAAAAAACAAAACAAAACAACUUGGGAGUUCCACAGUAGGUACAGGGACCCUUUUGAAGCUGACUUUGUGCUACUAUGGACGUGUGUUUUAGAUGUUCACCGGGAACAAGACCUAAUAUUCAGCCUGCCUCUCAGGCGUUUACACACCACUCGCUAUACAUAACAUAUUGUCGUUUUCAGGUCUCCAAUUUUCUGUUGGCACUGGCCACAACCAAUAAAAUUAGGAAAUGAUGUUA